UGUUAUUCCGCUUACACCGAGUUGAACUAGCGCGCAGCUUCAUUACUGAUUUGACAGAAAUAAACGGUGUAAUGGAGGAUUUAGAGGAAACAAGGUCUCGGCUCUGUGAGCAAUUUGCAACCGUCACCGGGUCGGACAGCCCUGUGGCUCAGUGCUACCUCGCUGAAAACAACUGGGAUUUGGAGAGAGCUCUGAACUCUUUCUUCGAAGCGGAUAUGGAGUCGGUUUUUGACGUCGAGGACAAAGAUGAGGAAAAUAAACGACCUUUGUGUAAAGAGACAGACAGAGAUGCUCCAGAGUCAGAAAGGAAGAUGAACUCAAAACUCACAGAGUGUAUCGACUUGACUGAGGACGAGCCUGCUUGCUCUAAUUCCAAAAACAGUUUGGAGGACGAAGAUGACCGCAAGCUCUCGCUCAUCUCCUGGAAUGUAGACGGAUUAGAUACGCUGAACCUCAAGGAACGAGCCAGAGGCUUGUGCUCUUAUCUGGCACUAUACACACCAGAUGUGGUAUUCCUACAAGAGCUCAUCCCUCAGUACCUUCAGUAUCUUAAGAAGCGAGCAGUCACCUACCAGAUUGUUGAAGGAAACGAAGAAGGAUACUUCACUGCCAUAAUGCUGAAAAAGUCCAGAGUAAAACUACAAAGUAGUACAAUAAUUCCUUACCCAACAACAAGGAUGAUGAGAAAUCUGUUAUGUGCCAAAGUAACAGUUUUAGGUCAGGAGCUCUGCUUGAUGACCUCACACUUGGAGAGUUGUAAAGAUCAGGCUGCAGAGAGGAUGAAACAGCUGAAGGUCGUGCUGCAGAAUGUAAAGGAGGAGCCAGAUAACAUGACAGUCAUAUUUGGAGGGGACACCAAUCUUCGAGACUCUGAGGUAGCACAAGUGGGUGGUCUGCCUCCUGGUGUGAUUGAUGUGUGGGAGGAGCUCGGCAAACAGGAGCACUGCAGAUACACAUGGGACACUAAAAUAAACAACAACAAAAGCGUGUCAUAUAUAAGCAGGUGUCGCUUUGACCGUAUCUACCUGAGACCUGCCAAAACAGGGGCUAAAGUGAGUCCAGACCACAUGGUGCUGGUCGGAAUGGAGAAGCUGGACUGUGGUUACUACACCAGCGACCACUGGGGAAUCUACUGCAGUUUUACCAGUUAAGCUUGGAGUGUAUGAUUCUAUCCACUCACAGUUUAGGAACAAGUGUACAUAUGCUUGAGAUUAUGAGCAAGAAGACAGAAUGGAUUAUGAUUUUCCAGUCAGUUUGCGCCGAAGCUAAUGCAUGAGGGUUUAAUUCCAGUCUGACUGCUCGAUUUUAUCUGCUUUUGUACCAAAAUAGACCAUUUUAAAUGUCUAUACACCUGUUCAAAAUAAAACAUCUGACCAACAUUAGUACUUGGUCCAGUUUAGCAGUCACACUACCUCUUUUAACUAGUUUAUAUAUUUUACUUGAUUCGAAGCCUAAUGAUGGGAACAAUGAUGGGAACAUCAGUAUAAAAUCAGUUAUACAUGUACUUGUUAACAUGUUUUAUUUUUGUGUAUAUGUUUGAAUAAACAAUAAACUGAA